UUUCUCUUUGUUGAAUUGACGUAGAUGAUAUUGCGGACAUAAAGCACAUUCAAAGGCAUUGGCACCUUGGCUAUAAUAAUGCUGAUACACGGUCGCUCGCUUUGCUAUGAUAACUUGGGAUAGCAAACGCCCCUUUGCUGUUUCUAGAGAAGAAAGAAAUCUGGAAUAGAUGAUUGGCAAUCUACAACACAAUUAUUGGCAACGUUGCCAGAUGAUGUAAAGAGUUUAAACAUGACAAUUCGUUUAUUUUACAUCUAUAUAACAAUAAUCAUUAAUAAUUUAUAAAAAUUCACCAUAAUGCAGACUUACGUCAGGGAUUUGAUUCAAUUACAACGGGAGAUGUAGUCUUUUACAAGCAUCUAAUCGGGUUCCUUUGCGUGGGCUUUCCCGAUUGUAAACGACAUUUCCCGUAGUGCCACUUGCGCCCUUCCCAUGCAGUGGAAUGUUGUAUCGCGGUUGAAAUGUGUGAUAUUGGUCAAUUAGGUGAUUCCCGAAAUAUUUUUUAGGGGCAGAGUAAAGCUACACAACAUGACCAUUGGGCCAAGGGCGCAGUGCAAUUGGUGAAUGUGUGCAAUGGUGGAAAACGUCAAGCCUGCUCUGGAUGGACUGUGCGCGCCGCCUGACGCUCGAAUGGUUGCCUACCCGUUGAGGGAGCACUGAAACUGCAGUGCGGAGAAAAUGUAACAGUAGGAGGAGAAUGAUAGUAGAGCUUCUGUGCCCGGGGACUGCUGUUAGUUGCGAUAAAGAGGUUGUGCCUUAUGGAGUUAUAUCUAAGGAAAGCAUAUUAGAAACAGAACGAGUCCCUCCCUGUUGUAGCAGUAAGGUAAAUGGCUGAAUCAAGUUGGGAGCUGCUGUGCCUCUGUCUGGCCGACCAAUGCAGUGUGUAGGGACGGUCGCCCAGCCCGACGAAAACAUGAACGGAGCGGGGGAGCAGGUGGACAUCCUGUCUCCCAACUGCAUGGUAAAGGACCGAUGGAAAGUGCUGAAGAAGAUUGGUGGGGGAGGUUUUGGGGAGAUCUAUGAAGCAUUGGACCUGCUGACCAGGGAGAAUGUGGCUCUGAAGGUAGAGUCAGCCCAGCAGCCUAAACAGGUUCUCAAGAUGGAGGUGGCCGUCCUCAAGAAACUGCAAGGAAAAAAUCAUGUCUGUAAAUUCAUCGGAUGUGGAAGGAACGAGAAGUUUAACUAUGUGGUCAUGCAACUUCAGCAAGGGAGAAACCUAGCAGACCUGAGGAGGAGUCAGCCUCGCGGCACCUUCACCAUGAGCACCACGCUACGCCUGGGCAAACAGAUUCUGGAGUCCAUAGAGGCCAUCCACUCUGUGGGCUUCCUGCACAGAGACAUCAAGCCUUCUAACUUUGCUAUGGGUCGACUCCCCUCCACCUAUAGAAAGUGCUUCAUGUUAGACUUUGGCCUGGCUCGCCAGUACACCAACACUACCGGGGAGGUUCGACCGCCCAGAACUGUGGCGGGAUUUCGAGGAACUGUUCGUUAUGCGUCAGUAAAUGCUCAUAAAAACAAAGAAAUGGGUCGCCAUGACGAUCUAUGGUCGCUAUUUUACAUGUUGGUAGAGUUUGCAGUCGGUCAGUUACCAUGGAGAAAAAUUAAAGAUAAGGAGCAAGUGGGUCAGAUUAAAGAGCGCUACGACCACAGAAUGCUGCUCAAACACAUGCCUUCUGAGUUUUACAUCUUCCUGGAUCAUGUUUUAGGCCUUGACUACUUCACCAAACCAGAUUACCAGUUGCUGAUGUCGGUCUUUGAGAACAGUAUGAAGGAACAUAUCAUCACAGAGAACGAGCCUUUUGAUUGGGAGAAGGGAGGGACGGAUGGAGUGCCUCUGUCCACCAGCACGUCAACGCCACCUCAACAGAACACACGACAGACUCCCGCCGUGAUCGGGGUGGUGAACGUGACUCUGGUUCCUGGGGAGCUGCCGAGGGAGAACACAGAUGACGUUCUACAAGACGAGCACCUGAGUGACCAGGAGAACGCUCCACCUGCAGUACCCAGCAGGCCUUGCGAGGGGACACCUCCCCAGGUGGAAGCCGAGGCGUGGAACGACACCGACUUAAACCGCAACCAACUCAGGAUUAGCAUCAGCAAGGGGCAGUUGGCUGCGGAGGAAGAGGAGCCUGCUAGAGGGACGUGUCCUGAUGCCCUCGUGGGUGGAGCUCCUCCAGAAAUGACUGGUGCUCAGGUCUGCGCUCUGCGGUACCGGAGGAUCAACAGCCCAGAGUCAGAUCGUCUGUCCGCCGCAGACGGGAGACCAGACAUCUACGACAAACGAGGGUCUCGUAUGGACAUCCUGGGAUCCCCGUCCCGCCACGUGCAGUCCUCCCAGCCGGCCCAGAUGCACUCCCUGGAGGGAGGAGGUGGGGACCGGCAGGGUGGCAGUGGUAGACCAGGUCAAGAGGUCUCCGUAGCCUCUGUGGCCGACCCCGAGGCCCACAGUAACGCGUUCAUCCGGUCUGUACCACUCGCCGAGGAGGAAGACUUUGACAGCAAGGAGUGGGUGAUCAUCGACAAGGAGACUGAGCUCCAGGACUUCCUGGGUCUCCUGGGCCCAAGGGCUGAGCCCACCACCUCGGGGCCCACCACCGAUGAGGAACCUGAGGAGCUGAGGCCCCUAGACGAAAUGGAGGAGUGGAGGAGGUUACGGGGAGCUGGAGGUGGAGAGGUGGUGGUGAGGCCAAAGAUGCGAGCAGGAGGCGUUGGGGCGCCGCCAGAAGGGGAGGGUUCUAAUGGGGCCAGUCCUGGGUACCCAGGUUAUCACACUCUGCCUCAUAGCCGUGGACACAGACCACGGCCACAGUCGGAGUACUUUGGAGCUCACGGACAGGCCCUGGAGCAGAUCAGCCCAUACCAGGGUGGCAGUGGGGAGGACCUCAACUUCCAGGGUGUAGAGCGAGAAAGGCCUAACCUUCCCACGCUGGCCCAGCAUCGCUUUCGACGGGUGGACUUCCUCUCUGCCAUGCUCACCGGCGCCGCCACCCUUCCGCCUCUCCAAACCUCCUUUGAGGUUGAUUCCAGAACCUGUGUUGAGCAGGGUCAGGAUGGGAAUGUGGAUGCCGCUGAGGUCGGGGCUGGGGCUGGGGCAGUGUCCAGCGGUGAUGGGAGCCCCAAGAGCAGCGAGCACAGCCAGGAGUGUGAUGAUGGAGCUCCCUCUACUCUUCUUGCAGACGAGCCUCCUCGGGACUACCCUCACCGGGCCUCUGCAGGAGUGGGGUUUGGUGGUGAUCCGGACCUGGAGCUGGAGGAAGGCUCCAAGACCCUGGUGCUCUUCUCCCCUGGAGACGUGAGGAGGUCCCUUGCCGUGGUGGGCGAUCUGCCCCCGGACGAUGCCGGGAGCCACCAGGGGACGCUGGCAGCCAUCACACCCCAGUGCGAGAGAGCUCUGGGACCUCUGGGAAGCCUGCUCGACGUGUCUGAGCCAGGUACUUUGUUCUCCCAGUUGAAGUCCGAGCCCAAACCGCCUUCGACGGCCGUCUCCGCCAUCCUGGUCAAUGUGGCGCCCAAUGUUGUUACUCCCACCAGCACCUCCCCUCCUUUCACCAAAGUAGAGCGGACAUUCGUACACAUUGCCGAGACUACCCACCAUAAUGUGAUGAGCUCCUCAGGGACUCUGCAGCUCAAGCUGCUGCUCCCUGGGCUGGUUGAGGAGCCCACAGACGAACAGGAGAACCACUCGGAAGAAGAGAAAGAGGAGGAUGUCUUGAAUGGAGAGAAAGAGAGGAGCAGGGAGAGCAGAUCCGAUGUGGACCGUUCAGACAAAGACUUGGAGAGGGAGAGUGGAUCUGAGGGUGAGGUUCCAAACAGAGACAGUGAAGAGGAGAGGGAGAGUGGAUCUGAAGGGGAGUUCCAAAAGACAUACGACGUACAGAGGAGGGAGAGUGGAUCAGAAAGCAACAUCUUUGAGAAAGACGAGGAAGGGGACGAAGUGAGCAGGUUUGAUGAGGAGAAGGAGGAGGAGAGGAAGAGAGAGAGUAGGUCCAAGGAGGAAGUUCCCGAGAGAGCAAUCCCAGGUUCCCCAGAGAGAGACAACAGGGGUAAGGAGGAGGAAAAAGAUGUUGCAAAGAAAGAGGUUGAGGAGUUAAUCCCCCCAGAAAAAGAGAUGGAAGAAGAGUCAGAACUUGGGGACGAAGCCCAGCCAGCGAUCCAGUCAAACCAUUCCUCUCCCAUUCCUGGUCCCCCAGAAGAACCUGAAGCCCAGGAUAUCCUGGUCAUUUCAAUGGAAACCAAGUUAGAUUCUGAAACAGAGGACACCCCUAUUGUUGUUUCCUCUGAGAUGGAGCCUGCCCAAGACGUGAUGUUAGCAGAGAAGGAGAGCCAAGUCCAGCUCGAACAAAACAAUGAGGCUUCUCCACAGGAGGAACCCAAGGACCCUGGUGAUCCAGAAAAAUUGUCAGAGGCCAGCAAACAGACCAGGCCUCAGAAAAUUAGCAGAAUCCCGGUUCUCUCUCGGUCUGAGGAGGACACCAGCUCGGACCAGGACCAGUCGGCGGCGUCCCAGUCAUUCAAGUCUCGUCAGAGGGCCAAGCGACCUCACCUAGCCCGGCUGGUCAUGGAAAGGAGGCAAGGUCGCAUGCUAAGACUGGCUUCUGUUUCCUCAGCGUCCUCUGUGGAUGAUGGCUGUAAAGUUCCAGCAGAGAUCCAGUCAGAGGAAGACACCCAUGAUGAGGACAACUAUCCGCCCAGGAAGGAGAGGGGAAUUUGGGGGGAGAGGAGUGAGGGGCGUCAAAGGAGCAGAAUACCCCGUCCUGUCACGCCUGUUAAGCUGCAGGGAUCCUCUGUUACACCGUUUCAUGCUUUCUCCCAAACUGGCCCCAAUGCUAAUCUCCACAAACCCCAACUUUCAACUAUAUAUACUAGGCAUCAAUCUCAUAAAACUAGGACCCCAAGAAUAAAUGUUCCACUGCACCAGAGGUCCCAGACUCUGCAGUCCCGACCUGGACCCCGGGCCAACUCCUCCUCCUUAUUCUCCACCCCCCAGACUCCCCUGCGUGGGGUUAUCUCCCGAGCCCCUCUCUCUGCAUGCCCCUCCCCCCGUAGCCUCAGCACCUCCCCCUGUUGCUACUCCACUUCCCGGACCGACAGCCCCUCCCCUCAGCGCCCACGCCGGGGGGCUGCAGUUACAGAAGUCCGGAGGCAGCUCAUAUCCGUGCGGGCGCAGACUGCACUUCCGCUAAAACCCAGACCGCCUCAAACCGAUGAUUCCUCAGCCCCUGGGACGCCCAGGAGGCGAGGCAAACUUUACCCGUUGUCAUCUACAUCCACACCCACCAAGGGGAAGUCAGAUGCUUCUGAGAGCAAGACAGCCACCAGAGAAUAUAGCCUAGCUUAGUGUAUUAGGGCUAUCUAUCCACCAGACUAUCCACACUGCACUUCACACACCCCUUUAUCUACUGUAUGUCAGAGUAACUCCACGACCUCAAACGUGUUUGUGCGAAAACACUAUGUUUCAACUCUCAGCUUAAGAUAACAAAGAGGGGUCUGCUUCUAAUCAUAGUUAAGGCCAAGAACAAAACCAGUAAUAGAGAGCACCAGGCAGCGGUGAGACCCCCAAUGCCACAGACUAGGGAAGUGGGUGUGACUCCCCAAUGCCACAGAAUAGGGAAGUGGGUGUGACUCCCCAAUGCCACAGACCAGGGAAGUGGGUGUAACUCCCCAAUGCCACAGACUAGGGAAGUGGGUGUGACUCCCCAAUGCCACAGACUAGGGACGUGGGUGUGACUCCCCAAUGCCACAGACUAGGGAAGUGGGUGUAACUCCCCAAUGCCACAGACUAGGGAAGUGGGUGUGAUCCCCAAUGCCACAGACCAGGGAAGUGGGUGUGACUCCCCAAUGCCACAGACUAGGGAAGUGGGUGUGACCCCCCAAUGCCACAGACCAGGGAAGUGGGUGUGACUCCCCAAUGCCACAGACUAGGGAAGUGGGUGUGACCCCCCAAUGCCACAGACCAGGGAAGUGGGUGUGACUCCCCAAUGCCUCAGACUAGGGAAGUGGGUGUGUGACCCCCCAAUGCCACAGACUAGGGAAGUGAGUGUGACCCCCCAAUGCCACAGACUAGGGAAGUGGGUGUGACCCCCCAAUGUCACAGACUAGGGAAGUGGGUGUGACCCCCCAAUGCCACAGACUAGGGAAGUGGGUGUGACCCCCAAUGCCACAGACUAGGGAAGUGGGUGUGUGACCCCCCAAUGCCACAGACUAGGGAGGUGGGUGUGAUCCCCAAUGCCACAGACUAGGGAAGUGGGUGUGACCCCCCAAUGCCACAUACUAGGGAAGUGGGUGUGAUCCCCAAUGCCACAGACUAUGGAAGUGGGUGUUUGUUACCUCCUUCUGCAGCUGAGGCCUCCCUGCACCUGUCUGGGAACUUGUUUCUUAGCAGGGUUCGAAUUACACAUUGACUCAUGGGGCUCUGCACGAUGAUGGUGCCCAAUGUCCAUAUUGAUUGUGGGGGUGCCUGAUUUGUUAUGGGGUUCCCCUAGCCUCCCCUAGCCCCCCUGUGAUUCUGACUCAGUACAGCAGCCCUCGUAUGCCUUAAUAAGACCUGUUCUAAGACCAGUUCUUGUCUACUCCUCCCAUCACUAACGCUUCCAGGGAAGAUAAAAAACUGCAACAGCAGAGCAGCAGCCUCCUCUGAUCUCACUUACUAGUUUGCUUAAAGAAGUGCUUUAAAUUAAAAUGAUUACGUGUGAUAUGAAAAUAAUAUAUAGCUAAAUUAUAGGGUGAACUUUAUUUAGGUCAGACCACGGAUAGUAGUUUAGGUAACACUUGACGUUCCUUCUUUAUGAAGAGUUCUGAACUGUUAUAUUGCGUUAUAAGCGUUCAUAGCACCUUAUAGAAGUCAUAGAGCAUUAUGAAACUACAAUAAAGCAAUAAGGUACCAGAGACUGUUAUAUAUUAUGAAUAUCUCUCUCAUGCCUUAUUGUCAAGUUUCACAAUGCUCAAUGACUGCAUCUAUGAGAUUCUGUUAAGGUUUUUAAAGCAUUAUAACACUUUACAAGGUGCUUUGAGUAAAGUUACCAUCAUGUAGAUAAGAAUCAGAUCUGGAUUGGUGUGCAGUUUACACUUGGCAUUGUUAUUUCUCUCACAACCAAUCAGGGACUGGUACAUCUGCAUUUUGGAAUGAAAACCUGUGCCCGACCUACUGUAUGAUAACCGCCAUAGAGUAGUAUACAGUCUCAUAAAGCCCUAUGAAUGUGUUCAUUAGAUAAUAUCACACUUCACCAGGAGCUGCUUCAAGUGCUACUAAAUGUUUCAUACAGUAGGCCAAUAUCUCUGUUUGAACUAAGGGUAACGCUUUAAAUUAAGGUACCUUUAUUGUAAAGUGUUACCGAAAUAAGUUUCAUUAUUCCUCUGUCUUUUUCAUUGAGAUAGAAAAGGAUUUUGAGGGAAUCUAAAUUAAUGCAUAAAGUCGAUGUACUUGUGGCGUUGUAAUUGUCAGCAUGUGUUCUUGUCUGCCUUGGGAAACGGUUCACCCAGAUAUGAUCAUGAGGGGCUUUUAUUUUGGAGGACUUCAUUAGAUGUACCUAGAGUGUCCCAAAUGGCUCUUUAUUCCCAAUUUAGUGCACUACUUUUGACCAGAGCCCAUAGGGAGUAGGUUGCCGUUUGAGGCGCAUAUUAAAUUAGAAACACAAUUAAAGAUAGAUACUGUGGAAUGUGUCCAAAUGAACAUGAUUUCUGUUAUUGUUGUAUUAGGGACUGUACUUUAUUUAUAAUGAGGAAUACCUGGGGGAAAUAAGACCUUUCUGAAAAGAAAAUGGAUGGCCCUCCCUUCAGUAAAACAUAUUGCACGCUUGAAAAAACACUAGUUACCUUCCCCUAUAUUUAAAAUAAUAAUUCAAACAAAGUGGAUAGCAGACAACAUGCCUAACGUUUACCCUCACUCGUAGGACAGACAAGAGCCGUAGAUAUGCAGUUUUAGAAACUGUAAGCAUUACAUGAAACCAUUUCGUAAGCAUUACAUGGCUAAGUAGCAAGGGCGCUGGGCCAGAAGGUUGUGGAUUUGCAGACCACUGUGGACAAGAGUAGGGGUGAAAAGCUCUGCUUUAUAAUAAAAGUACUGCAUGAAUCUAUCAUCUUAUUUGCAGGUCUGAGGAAAAAAUGGCCUUUUAUAAACGCAGAAGCAGAAUCUCUUUUAAUACCUCAACAGAGCAUGACAACGAAUGAGCGCAUGCUGCAGCACCGGAGACGUUUUGAUUUCUAUACAGGCUAUUGUUUGGAACAGUGCUAAAGUUGUCUAUCAACUGUAAACAUGUAGAACAACCGAACCAGUUAUGACUGAAGUAUCUGAUCAUCAGUGAAUUAGAGAAAAAUACUUUUGUUUUUUAACACAGUAGCUGCAGAUCAUCAGGUAGGCCUAUAUGCACUUGCAACUUUUUUCAAUUGUGAAACUACCAUUUUCUAAUUCAUUCUAUUUUAUUCCAUUACAUUCUUGUUACAAAAUAGACAUGCAUAGCUCACCGCAUGAUCUUCAAACCAAAGACUGGCCAAACUCAUGUUUCUAAAAGUGAAUUCAAAGGCACUGUAGAAUGACAGUGUAGCCUAAUUAGGAAUUUUUCGUUUCAUUGAUAUUUCAUUAUAAGUAAUUAUUUUAAACAGCUUUAAUGCAAAAUGUAUAGGCAUGUUGUUAAAGUGCUGUUGAAAUGCUGACGACUCCUGCCUGCCUGUACCUUGUCACAAAUCCUUCACAAUGUAUUUCUUAAAUGGCAGACUAGACCCUUAGACAGAAACCCAGGCUAAAACCCCAAACAGCAAGCACUGCAGAUGUAAAAGCACGGUAACUAGGAAAAACUCCCUAGAAAGACAGGAACCUAUGAAGAAACCUAGCGAGGAAUCAGGCUCUGAUGGGUGGUCAGUCCUCUACUGGCUGAGCCCGGUGGAGAUUAUAAGAGUACAUGGCCAUUAAGGCCAGAUCGUUCUUCAAGAUGCUCAAAUGUUCAUAGAUGACCAACAGGGUCAAAUAAUAAUCACAGUGUUUAUAGAGGUUGUAACAGGUCAGCACCUCAGGGGUAAAUGUCAGUUUGCUUUUCAUAACUGAGCAUUCAGAGGUUGAGACAGCAGGUGUGGUAUAGAGAGGGGACGGAGAGAGAGAGCGAGGGAGCAUGUCCAGUGAACGGGGCAGGAUUCCAUAGCCGCAGGCAGAACAGCAAUAACUGAGCAGUAGCACGACCAGGUGGACUUGGGAGGGGGAACAGCCAAGAGUUGUCAGGCCAAGUAGUCCUGAGUCAUGGCCCAAGGGCUCAGGUCCUCCUGGAGGGGAGAGAGAGCAAGCAAGAGAUUGGAGAAUUAGAGGGUGCAUACUUAAGAUCACACAGGACAUCAGAUAAGACAGGAUAAUUACACCAAAUAGGACAGACUGACCCUAGCCCCCCAGCACAUAGACUAUUGCGGCAUAGAUACCGGAGACUGACACAGGGGGGGUCGGGGGACACUGUGGCCCCGUCCAACGAUACCCCCGAACAGGGUCAACUAGGCAGGAUAUAACCCCACCUACUUUGCCAAAGCACAGCCCCAACACCACCAAAGGGAUAUCAACAGACCACCAACAUACUACCCUGAGAGAAGGUGGAUCUCCCCCACCGCACAAGCCCGAGGGGGUGCAAAACCAGACAGGAAGAUCACGUCAAUCACUCAACCCACUCAAGUCGAAUAUAGCGGGAAUAAAGCCUGGCACGACAUGAUGCACCCCUCCUAGGGAUGGCAUGGGAGAGCACUAACAAGCCAGUAACUCAGCCCCCAUAAUAAGGACAGAGGCAGAGAAACCCAGUGGAGAGAGGGGAGCCAGCUAGUCAGAGACAGCAUGGGUGGUUUGUCACUCCAGAGCCUUGUUGUUCACCUUCGCACCCCUCUGCCAGAAUACACUUAAUCAUAGGGCCUACUGAAGAGAUGAGUCUUCAGUAAAGACUUAAAAGUCAAGACCGAUUCUGCAUCUCACAUGGAUCGGCAGACCAUUCCAUAAAAAUUGAGUUCUAUAGGGGAAAGCCCUCGCUAGCUGUUUGCUUAGAAACAGUAGGAACAAUGAGGAGGCCUGCGUCUUGUGACCGUAGCGUACAUGUAGGUAUGUACGGCAGGACCAAAUCGGAGAGAUAGGUAGGAGCAAGUCCAUGUAAUGCUUUGUAGGUUAGGUUUUAUUUGAGACGACUGUACAACCAUCGAGAUUAAUUGUCCGAUCAAACAGAAGAUCUCUUUGUUUCUUGGGACCUAGAACUAGAACUAGCAUCUCGGUUUUGUCAGAGUUUAUAAGUAAAACAUUUGCCACCAUCCACUUCCUUAUGUCUGAAACACAGGCUUCCAGGGUAGGCAAUUUUGGGGCUUCACCAUGUUUCAUCAAAAUGUACAGCUGUGUUGUCUGCAUAGCAGUGAAAGUUGGCAUUGUGUUUCCGAAUUACAUCCAAAAGAGGUAAAAUCUAUUGUGAAAAAAAAUAGUGGUCCUAAAACAGACCUUGAGGAACACCCAAACUUAAAUUUUAUUUUUCAGAGGACAAACCAUCCACAUAGACAGAAUGAUAUAUUUUUGACAGAUAAGAUCUAAACCACACAAACUUGUCUCUAGACCAAUUAGGGUUUCCAAUGUCUCCAAAAGAAUGUGGUGAUCGAUGGUGUCAAAAGCAACACAAAGGUCUAGGAGCACGAGGACAGACGCAGAGCUUUGGUCUGACACCAUUAAAAUGUCAUUUACCACCAUCGCGGUCUCAGUACUAGGAUUGGGUCUAAUGACCAGACUGGAGCAUUUUGUUUACAUUAUUUGUCAUCAGGAAGGCAGUGAGUUGCUGAGCAACAGCUUUUUAAAUAACAAUUUCAGAGGUAUGGGAGGGAGAUUCGAUAUUGGCAGAUAUUUAAAAAAUAUAUAUCUUUCAAGGCUUUUUAAGGAGAAGCUUUAUUACUGCCACUUUUAGUGAGUUUGGUACACAUCCAGAGUAUAGGUAGCUGUUUAUUAUGUUCAACAUAGGACGGCCAAGCACAGGAAGAAGCUCUUACAGUAGUUUAGAGCUGGAAGAUUUAGAGGUCAUGACUAUUAUUGUGAAUGUGUCUAGAGAUACAGAAUUUAAAAACUUGAGUUUCUCCAUUGAUCCGAGGUCCUGGGAGUUCUGUGCAGACUCAGGACAACUGAGUUUUGGAGAAAUAAAUAUGCAGUCUUUCAUUUGCUUUCUAAUGAUCAUGAUCUUUUCAUUGAAGAAGUUCAUGAAUUCAUCACUGCUGAAGUGAAGGCCAUCCUCACUUGGGGAAUGCUGCUUUUUAGUAUCAAAAAUACAUUUAGGAUUGUUUUUAUUCUCCUCAAUCAGGGUGGAAAAGUAGGCGGAUCUAGCAGCAAUGAGGGCUUUUCAAUAUUGCAUGGUACUGUCUUUCCAAGUUAAUCGGAAGACUUCCAAUUUGGUGGGGCGCCAUUUCCAUUCCAAAUCUUGCUUCAGGGCUCUGGUAAUUUCUGUAUGCCAGGAAGAUAGUUUCUUGUGACAAAUAUGUUUUGUUUUUAGCGGUGCGACUGCAUCUAGGGUAUUACGUAAGGUUAAGUUUAACAUGUUUUUGUACUCCAGUGUGGAAGGGAAGUCUGGAAGGGCAUCAAGGAAUCUUUAGGUUGUCAGAGAAUUCAUAGCGCGGCUUUUGAUAUCCUUGGUUGGGGUUUGAGCAGAUUAUUUGUUGCGAUUGAAAACGUAAUAAAAUGGUGGUCCAAUAUUCCAGGAUUAUGAGAAAAAACAUUUAGAUCCACAAUAUCUAUUCCACAGGACAAAACUAGAACCAGGGUGUGAUUGUGGCAAUGCGUAGGUCCCGAGACAUGUUGGACAAAACCCACUGAGUCGAAAUAAAAUAAAAAUAUUAUCUGCCAUGACUACGAGGUCCGAUAGGAAUUCAGGAAUAUGGCCCAGGAGGCCUGAAAACAGUAUCUAUAAAAGUGAUUGAGUAGACUGCAUAGAUUUCAUGACUAGCAGCUCAAAAGACGAAAACGUCGUAAAUUGAAAAUUGCUGUCAUAAAUGUUAGCAACAUCUCAGCCUUUGCGGGAUGUGUGGGGAUAUGGUCACUAGUGUAACCAGGAGAGGCCUCAUUUAACGCAGUAAAUUCAUCAGGCUUGAGCCAUGUUUCAUCAAGCCAAUCACAUCAAUCACAAGCCCUAUCUCAAAUAUGAAGACCUACCUCUUGUCAAAGAAAAGAGAGCUAGGAAGGCCUAGCUCGUAUUUCUUGAAUAUGAAGACUUAGUCUUCAACACAAAACCCUCGUGUUGUUAGUAGCCUAAAUUAAAAUGAAAACCGUUUAAAUGAAUUCCUUCUCAAAUAUCUGUGGCUGGUGCUUCAUAGUAAUGUAGGUUGUGUCGAAUCGGGCUUAUUGUGAGGUCAAUAAGUCUGAUAAAUAUAUUCAUUAUGGGCAGCGAAACAUAUCGUUUUUAUUCAAAUCAAUUAAAGCAGUAGCAAGCUUACCUACGGUCCUCCUUCUCGUCGCCACGCUUUCCCUCUCAAACUGAACAGGACAUCAAUAGGCCCAGUCCGAACGCACAGGAAUUAAAAAUAAAUAAAAAUGUAAACAUUAUUUUCAAAAGAAGCCAUUCACUCAUCUCCUGAAGUGCCAACGUAUACAGCACAGUCAUUGGUUAGGCAGCACAAAAGGGUUUACAUCAGCAAGAGCAGGACAGGCCGGGGCUCAUGAUUAGGAUAGCCUAUCCAUUGAAGUGUAUAAUGCUGUGUAGCCUAGUUUUAUAUACACCAUCCCAGCAGCGCAAAAACACGGGAAGUACAUUUUCUUGGAAAUAUAACUUUGCCCUGUGCUUCUCCGAGCAUGCUCUUCGUAUAGCCUAGGCCUAUAGCCUAUAUAAUAUGGAUAAUUUGAUUGAGACCACACUAGAAGCACUUAACAUUGCGCACCCUGCAAAUAAUCAGGGAUGAGGGGCAGCAUCUGGCACACAUUGAGAUGUAAUAAGCAACUACUUCUCAAACACUGAGCAAUAUGACAUUUAAUCGAACCUGGACUAGAUCCCAAAAAUACUCAACCCUCCCCCUGACUAAAAUUGAAAUAGCAUGGCCCUACCCCAUUUUCCUCCGGGUCCCAGUUCUGAACAUUUUUAAAAGUCCUUCACAGUUUAUACACAUGAGGAGGUAGUUAGUGCUAGUUAUACAGUUUCAUAGAAUGUUUACUUCAGGUGUAAAUCAUCAAUCAUUCCCAUUUCCGAUAUUUUGCUAAUUCCUAAACAUUUUACCAGUUACAAAAUCCUAUGAUUCUGAACAUACCGUGUACCUACUUACAUAUUAAAAUUCAUCACUGUAGAAUUUGAUUUAUUUUGCACUUUAAAUGUCACUAUGUUUCUUUGUCUUUUCUCAGUAUGUUAUUCUGUGCUUCACGUAUAAUGUGUUACCCUUUUAUCUUACAGGAAUCAUCAUUUCUCUCAUUAAAUGACAAGGAUAAUACAACUUACAAUACAGCGAAACAUCUACUCUAAUACAAUACGUUUUCAAAUCCAUUUAUUUUGCUUCAUACAAUACCCCAACAACUUUCUGAUGUCACCCCAAAAUGUCUUGAACAAUUUAGUGAGACAUGCACUCAGGUAGAGCUGCUAUGUGAUGCCAAUCAUUCACAGUUUAAUAUGAAGCAAUUUCAUUGGCUCAUGCUAAUAAAAGUUUGCUUUUAAUUGGUCCAUCUAUUUUACUUUUGUAACGAUCACCAUUUCUAGGAAAUUUGGCAUGCCUUGAAAUAUACUUCGCUUCUGGUGUUCCAUAAUAGUUUAUUGUACAUAAUAUAGUUACUUCUUGAGACAAAGGUAAUCUUUAUUUUUAUUUGAUAAAGCAAAGACGUGUUAAGAAAAAAAUUGUAGUUGCAUUUAUUUCGUUAACUUUAUUUUUCAGAAGUAUCAAAUUGUUGGAUGAGACCUCCUCAAGCUCUAAUAAUACUGCUGCAUUCAAACUAACAAAACUGUGUUAAAUAUCUGUGUUUCAUUUGACAUGAUUCAAAAGAUUGUUUGGUGAGAGAGAUGGAACUUAAUAUGGAAUGUAAAUCAGAAAAAAAAAACUUGCUGCGAUGACAAACUACAGCAUUCAUAACUAAAUGUAAAUUGGAAUGCGAAAAAAUGCUAACCAAUCAAGGGUAUUACAUACUACAUGUACCUACAUUUUUAAGAAUGUCAAGAUAAAGUAUCCAAUCUAAAGCAUUGACUGUUGUACAAGUACUUUAUCAAUGAAUACAUAAUGUGAUGGUAGGAAGAGGGAGCGAAGAUAGUAUUCUGUUAUGGGUACAUUCAAUAUGUUUUCUGUUCCCCUUCUCUGUGAACUAUCGAUCUGCCCAAUCCAGGAUGAACUUUGCAUGAAUGUGUUUCAUGAAGUAAAUCAUUAUCCAAUUAACUGCUUAUUAUAUGAACUAGCUUGCUGACAAGUUGCCAUUUGAUCACUGAUGGUCAACAAUAAAGACCUGCUUCAUUCA